AAUCCUUUAUCACUGUUACGGACCCAGCAUUACUCUGCCUACUGAAGCAGAGAACCUACUAUUCUCGUUGGAUUGUAUUAACCUUCCAUAUACUUUCAAAGGAACUUUAAACAAUGGCGUUGACUAUAAUUAUGAUUUUGGCAUUACCUGUUGCAGCGAAAUCAUUUGUCGUGCAACUGGAGCCACGUAAGACGGUGUUGCGGGUUGGCGAUAGGCAGGUGCUGCGGUGUAGUGCCAGCGACUGUUCCGAGAGCACCACCAUCACCUGGGCUUCUUUGGAAGAUAAACCGCUUUCCGGGAUCAUAGAAAAUCCCUCCACAUCGGAAUCUCUCCUCGUCUUUGAUCCCGUGUCUACAGCGCAUGAAAACUUGAUUGUUUGCAAAGUGACUUGCGGGAAUCACAGGAAACAGAUGCAUGCAACUGUGAAAGUUUAUUCUUUCCCAAGAGAACCUGUCAUUUUGGGGAAUAGCCACAUGCUGUUGGGAGAAGCUAACACCCUCAUCUGUGAGGUCUCAGCAGUGUAUCCCCCAGAGUACCUGGAGGUUGAAUGGCUACAGGGCGAGAGAGUCCUUCACAUCGAUGAGGGAAAAGCAGAUAUUUCAACUGUCACCUCCAGAUACAAAUACACACCAACCACCGAAGAUAAUGGAAAAGCUAUUACUUGCAGGGCCACCCAUAGUUUCGAAGGGGUUCCUGAGGAUCAGAAGAUAAAGGAAACCACAGCUUCCUUGAAUGUGAUGUACGCACCCAGGGAUGUUAGAAUAUCGGAGGCAGCCGUGGUGAAAGUGGGAAGGAGUUUGACGCUGACGUGCGCCGCAGAAGGAAACCCAAGGCCAGUGACGGUGUGGAGGAAAGUUGGGCCCGCAGGCGGAUAUGUCACAGUGGGCGAAAAUGAGACGCUCGCUGUUCGUCAUGUGACAGUGUCCCAUGCUGGCACCUAUGAGUGUGAAACCAGGAACAUGCUGGGAAACCUCACAGCCACCGUGAAGGUCAUUGUCCAAGCUCCGCCAAGGAACACUUCCAUCACCGUGAGCCCAGCCAGUGAGCUGAAAGAAGGGGACAACUUGACCAUUUCCUGCCACACAGACAGUGUCCCAGCAGGCCACCUGGUUCUGCGCAGAGUGUCUGAGGGUCAGAAAACGGACCUACAGACCAGCUCCGACUCCACCACCUCCAUCUCCCUGCCCUCCGUGCAGCUAUCUGACUCAGGCCUGUAUGAGUGUGAGGCUGUCAACGAUCACGGGAAACAGACUGCCAGCACUCAAGUGACUGUUGAAGUCUACCCCCUUGAGGUGGAGCUGAACCCAGGGUCCGGUGUGAUCGGCGUGGAGAGAGGGGGCAGCCUCGUCCUGUCCUGCAGGGCCUCGGGCUGUCCCUCCCCGGCUUUCUUUUGGAAGAGUCCGCUGGACACGUCCAUCCGGGGCCGGAGCCGCACCCAGGGACCCCUCUCCCAGCUCUCCCUCGGCCCUGUGGGCCUGGAGGAUGAGAGGGCCUACAUCUGCGAGGUCAAGUGUGGCUCGGUCCUUAAGGCCAGGCACAAGGAGAUAAAGGUCUUCUCGUUCCCCUGGGAUCCGGUGAUAGAGAGCAGCGGGGCGCUCCUGGAGGGCGAGGUGUCCACCCUGCGCUGCAGCGUUCGGGACGUGUUCCCCGCCAGCAGCCUGCACGUGGAGUGGCUGGAUGAGGACGAGCUCCUGCGCUCCCACACGGGCUCCUUCUCCAGCGGGGUGCAGAACCUCACCUCCACGCUGUCCUUCACCCCCAGGGCGGGGCACCAGGGCAGGCAGAUCACUUGCAGGGCUACUUUGCUCAUGGAAGGCAUCCUCGAGAGCCCGAUAGUGAGGUCUGCGGUGACCACUGUGGCGCUUCAAUAUGCUCCCAGGAACACUUCCAUCACCGUGAGCCCAGCCAGUGAGCUGAAGGAAGGGGCCAGCGUGACCAUUUCCUGCCACACAGACAGUGUCCCAGCAGGCCGCCUGGUUCUUCGCAGAGUGUCUGAGGGUCAGAAAACGGACCUACAGACCAGCUCCGACUCCACCACCUCCAUCUCCCUGCCCUCCGUGCAGCUAUCUGACUCAGGCCUGUAUGAGUGUGAGGCUGUCAACGAUCAUGGGAAACAGACUGCCAGCAUCAGGGUCAUGGUGAAGGCACCCCCCAGGAACACAACCGUCCAGGUGCUGCCAUCCUCGCAGGUGCAGGAGGGCCAGAAUGUCACCAUCUGCUGCAGGACCGUGAGUUUCCCUCCAUCUGCAGUGAUUCUGCGGAAACUGAACAACGGCACGGAGCUGUACUCCCCCGACGGCAACUUCAUCCUGGUGAACCUCACACCUCACGACACGGGCCUGUACCUGGUCAACGUCACCAACGACCUGGGCUUCGAGACAGAGGUCUUCACCAUCAGUGUAAUGGAGAGGCAGUCCGACCCUCCGCCCAGCUGGAAUGACUUCAUCGUCCCUGUCGUUGGCGUGGUAGCCAUGGUGACCAUGGCAUCCAUGGCUGGCUUGGCCGUCUACCAGCUGAACCAGGCCCGUAAAAGGGGCUCAUAUGAGCUGGCAAAGUCUGUGCCACGCGACGUCUAAUCACCUGGAGAGAAACUGCUCAAAGACUUGGCCCUGGCACUGGAAGAAACUGCUCUGCUCAUGAUGGGUAUUGCACGACUGGAGCUGAAGGGUUUGUUUUCAUGGACAUCUGGAGAGAGGCAAUGCCGUUUGCUCCUGGACAGGAAUGCCAUAUGUAUGCACUGCCUGCACAGUGGAGCUGUUGUAUGCAGUAAGAUCUUCUGGUGCAUUACAAGCUGUUUGUUUGUCUUGGACACUUCCCCCUGAUAAACACUGAAAGACUGCAGAGACUGUCUGAUCAAUGCCAGCCAUUAUUUGCUCUACCAUCCCCUUGUUUCUAGGCUGCUUUUUAAAAAAACCUUUACCACUAAAUUGAACAUCGCUACAGGAAGGAUGAAGGUAAUUUAUUCCAAGCUAGGUUUGUUUAAUUGCAUGAGAUGUAAUGAAUUGUGAUGGUUCAUUGUAAUUAAGAUCAUCUUAAUUGCAACUCUACUGAACAAACACCCAUUGUAAUAAUGUUUGAACUUUGUUAAGCCAGCAACUGAAUUAGUAAUGCACUUUCUUCAUUAUGAUGUACAGUCUAAUUCCAGCUUUUCUGUGUUGCUAUUUCUCACAAAUGAGUCACACACCAAUCAGGGAUUGUAUGUGAGAGAAAUAUAGUAGGUGUCAUGUUACCUACUACAUGAGUGGAACAGAAGCACGACUAUAUAUUUUAAGGCUGUAUGAGACUGAAUCAAUCUAAUACUGCAGUAAUAGGGCCAGUUCUGGUACGUUUACGUGAUUCAAUAAGAGAACCUACAUGGAACAUUAUUUUGUGAAUUGUUUAUGUUAUGUUCAUAUUUUCUCUAAAUUGUAUCUUGUAAAAUUGUACAUAUUUUUCUGUUUCUGAACUGAAUUUGAAUAAUGUGAUACAUGUGUGUACAUUUACAGGUUGGCAGAUUUUUUUAGAAAUAAAAUAUUUAUUUUUUAAAUA